AUGCGCAGACAAAGAAAUAAAAAGCCCCAUGCCCUGCAGAAUUACGUCAGGGACAGCAUCAGGAUCACCGACGGGAAGCUAAAUAAAACAAACGCUUUCCGUCACAAUAUGCUGACUAUAGUGCCAUCGAGGGUACGAUUUGUUUCAGGCCGGGGCAAAGUCGUAAAAUGUACUUCCCCAUUAUCGGUGGUAAAUGAACCAAGCCAUUCGCUGAUGGGCGUUAAAAUCGUCAAGUACUACGAUUUCAGGGGUGGUAACAUAUUAAAGCAGGGCGUCUGCAGCCGAUUGAAUGUGCUCUAUGAGCCGGUAUUACCGCCGAUCGUCGGCAAUGUCGAGCCAAACUGCUCCGGCAGAGCCGGUUGA